UGUAUCAUUCUUAACCUGGCCCACAAUUUGGUCGCCUGCACUACACAGUGACAUUACAAAUUUACAGCUGCAAAGAACCCAAGCUAGGUUGCUGUUUCAAACUGAACGUACCAGAAAUAUCUGCUUACGUCACUUCUCAAAGGGUUCAGACGCAAAGGAAUGAUGAGCCGUGUAGCCGUGGUGACUGGAGCUAACAAGGGGAUUGGGUUUGAGAUCGUUCGAGGAUUGUGUAAGCAGCUGGAUGGGAUUGUCUACCUAACAGCUCGAAAUGAGAAACUCGGGCAGGAGGCUGUCCAAAAGCUGAAGUCUGAGGGCCUGAACCCCAGCUUCCACCAGCUGGACAUCACAAAUGAGCAGAGUAUUCAGGCACUGAAGCAGCAUCUGCAGGACAAGCACGGGGGCCUGGACGUGCUGGUCAACAAUGCAGGAUUUGCUUACAAGGCGGCCUCUACUGCCCCAUUUGGAACCCAGGCAGAGGACACUGUGGGCAUCAACUUCUUCGGAACCCUGGCUGUCAGCAAAGCUCUGCUGCCAAUCAUCAGGCCUCAUGGAAGGGUAGUGAAUGUGUCCAGUCAAGGCAGUAAUAUGUCUCUGAGCAAAUGCAGUACCGAACUGCAGGCCCGCUUCAGGGACAGGAGCAUCCAGGAGGAAGAGCUGGUGAUGUCAUUGAACAAGUUCAUCGAAACAGCCAAGGCAGGGAAGCACAAGGAGAAUGGUUUCUCUGACUCUGCGUACGGCAUGUCUAAGGUCGGAGUGACGGUCCUGACGUUUAUCCAGGCUCGGGAGAUGGAGAAGGACUCCAGAGAGGACAUCCUGGUCAACUGUAUGUGUCCAGGUUGGUGCAAGAGUGACAUGGCAGGAUGGGAGAGACCCCCCAGGAGUGCUGCUGAUGGUGCAGACACAGCCUUGUUCCUGGCCCUCCUCCCACCCAACACGGACUCACAGGGACUGUUCUUCUAUGACCGCAAACCUAUACCAUUCUGAGGGGAAAGGAAGGACCAUUGCACAUUGUAGCUGAAUUUUAUAGACUGAUAAAACCUUAUGUUUUCCUAACUUCAUACACCAAGUAACACAGACAAUGUCAUAUUCCUAAUGAAUCUAGACAAACAGGCAACAUCUUGAUUGUAAAACGAUCUGUUCCUACAUUUUGAGGAGUGCAAAGAAGCAAGAAGAAGUUAAAAUAUUGUUAGUAGAAUAUGAUUCUCGUCUUGGUUGAAAUUGUAUAUAUUUCUUGAGUCUGUUGACUAUUCUUUUGUUGUGAUCUGUACUUAACCCAGUGGGUAUAAAUGUGCAAUAAAGGUUCAUUCAUUG